AGGUAUAUUUUUAACAUGAGAAGAUCACAGGCUCCUUCACAACUUGGUGCUAGACCAGCAGCAAAGCGAUGCAGGAUAAAUGAUGUCCCAGGAGCUUCACUUAAUGUUACCAAGUCUGGAAAUAUUGAAUUGGAAAAAGUAGACUGUACAACAAGAUCUUCACAGAGUGUUUUGGAACUUCUGGAAAAUAAUAAUAAAAAUGUUGACAAAAGUAUGUCAAACAGCAGCUAUCAAAAGAACAAUAGCCAAUCGAUGUUUAUUGAACUCAGCGCAGAUAAGCCAGCAUCUGUGGAGUCAGUAAAACAGUACAGUGUGUUUUGGUGCCAAGCUUCAACAAAGAAAAAUAAGAAUUGGGAAGAAGAAGCUGUUUUGGUUGUUAAGGACAGAUUAGUGAUUCUGAAGAACAUGGAUGGAAAAGAAAUUGGCAAAGCAGCAGGAUACAAACUUACGCAGCUUCAAAACCUUGAAUAUGGAACUAUUCUUAAAGUUGGCGGCCGUGAAGUUCUGAUUCAAGAUCAAAUUUUAGAAUCUUUGAUUUUAUCUGAGACGAAUGUUGGUAAAAAUUGCACCGUAAUCAGCCCAAAAAUAGAUGUAAAGUCGUCCAGUACCUCAAAUUAUCCCCCAUUCAAAAAAGCUCGGAUACAGAAAAGUCAGGGUGUACCUCUGGAAUUAGAACGCCCACCGAAACUGAGAAGUUCACAAGAUGUUCUGGAUCUUUUAGAUAAUAAUCAGCAGAAUGCUAAUACCAGUUUGUCACGCAAAUGUAGUCCUGCAGAAAAUUCUUCGUAUCCAAUCCAAUGUGCAAUUGAGCCACCACCACUGGAAGCUUUAAAGCAGUAUAACAUAUUUUGGUGUAAAGCUUCAGCUAAAAAACAUAAGAAUUGGGAAGAAGAAGGUAUUUUAAUUGUGAGAGGCAGAGGAGUAAUUCUUAAGAGCAUGGAAGGCAAAGAAAUAAGUCAAGCAACAGGAUUCAAAUGUGCCCAGCUACAAGAACUCGAACACGGGAGCAUAUUAAAAGUUGGCGGCCGCGAAGUUUUUAUCCAAAAUCAAAUUAUUGACUCCGCGAAGAUCAGUGAAAAUUAUUCUAGUCAAAUGUCAUGUGGAACCCAGUUACAAUCUGAUGGGGUACCGUCGUUAGCAAAUUCUCGUCCUCAAAACAAAGAAUUUGUAUCACCUUUCCUUAAAACCGGAAACAAAGCCCCCAAGUUCAAUUCUACAUCAAACGAAAUCAAACCCAGAUAUAACCCUUCCCACCCUUCAGCCCUGAUAAUGCCGAGACCUCCCGCCGAUAUCCAGUGGAAAGAAUCGCAGCGAGGUACGGUCAUCGUCGACGUCGUUGUGGAUCCUUUGUUAAGCAAGAGUCUGCGCCCGCAUCAGCGUGAUGGUGUAGUUUUCUUGUACGAAUGCGUAAUGGGUUUUAAAACACCUAACAUGUAUGGAGCAAUUUUAGCUGAUGAAAUGGGACUGGGGAAAACAUUGCAGUGCAUCACACUCAUAUGGAUUCUACUUCAGCAAGGCCCUUACAAUGGACGUCCAACCAUUCAGCGUGUUUUAAUCGUUACGCCGUCAAGCCUAGUAAAGAACUGGGAAAAGGAAUUUCGUCGUUGGUUAGGCAGAGAAAGGAUAAACGUUUUUACUGCCGAUCAGCAAACUCGGCCAAUAGAAUUUUUAAAACGGCCGCUUUGUCCAGUCAUGGUGGUCUCGUACGAAAUGCUAGUCCGCUGCUUUGAUGAAAUACAGCAAGUUAAUUUUGAUCUUGUAGUCUGCGAUGAAGGACAUAGACUGAAAAAUGCGGGCAACAAAACGUCGUCAUUGUUGUCGCAACUAGACACGAACAGGAAAGUCCUAUUGACUGGAACUCCUGUCCAGAAUGAUUUGAAAGAGUUUUUCACUCUAGCCGAUUUUGUCAAUCCUGGCAUUUUAGGAAGCCUGUCUGCAUUCCGACGAAUCUAUGAAGAACCAAUCGUUGCUCUUCAGCAACCUGAAUGCGACGAAGAUACAAGAGAAAUAGGUGAAAGCUGUGCAUCUGAGCUAGCUCACUUAACAUCGCAGUUCGUUCUACGUCGCACACAGGAUGUCAUGAACGCUCACCUUCCGCCGAAAGUCGAGAGUGUCAUCUUUUGUAAACCAACAUAUAUUCAAAUUGAGUUGUAUCGCUCUUUGCUAGAUUCGUCAGCUGUUCGAUCGAUUCUGUCUUCAACACACUGCGGGAAUGAUCAGUUGUCCUUUAUACUGGCGUUACGUAAACUUUGCAAUCACCCUACAUUGUUCACUAUAACAACUAAACAAUCAGAGGUGUCAAAGAAAGAGGAUGAGGAGUCGGACAAUGAAGAUUUUGAGUGCUCUAACUUAUUGCAGGCUAAUUGCAAAGAGAAAAAUCUACAAAUACAAUCCCGUGAGGCAUCAGGAAAAUUUAUAGUUACCUAUGCCAUAGUAGAUUCAGUGAUGAAAAAUACCAAAGAAAAAAUAAUUUUGGUGUCCUACUCAACAAAGAUGCUAGACCUAUUUGGCGAGGCUUGCACUGAGCGAAGUUAUAGCUUUCUCAGAUUGGACGGCAGCACGCCAACCAGUUCACGAAUGGGACUAGUUGAUCGAUUUAAUGACCCUCAUGGAACUGAACGUAUAUUUUUGUUGAGCUCAAAGGCUGGUGGUGUUGGCUUGAAUUUGAUCGGAGCUUCUCGGCUAAUUCUUUAUGAUAUCGAUUGGAAUCCGGCCAAUGAUAUGCAAGCAAUGGCUCGAGUUUGGCGAGAAGGGCAGAAGAGAAAAGUAAAAAUUUAUAGAUUGCUCACAACAGGCACAAUUGAGGAGAAAAUCUUUCAACGUCAAAUUCUCAAGCAAGGAUUAAGCGGUACCAUUGUUGAUACUCGUGACUCCACGCAAGGCCAUUUCACGAAAGAAGAACUUAAGGAUCUGUUCACGCUUCGGGAAGAUACUAAUUGUGACACCCAUGAUCUGAUCGAUUGCCAUUGCACACAGGAAGGACCGAAUCAAACAUCCCCUGGUUUAGACGACUAUGACAUUGACGAUGAAAGGGAAUGCCAGCUCGGUGCUCGAUCAAGCAAAAGAAAUGAACUGCAUAAAACCGUCGACCAGCUUAUGGAUUGGGAGCAUUUUGGGGUACCUUUCUCUUCAGGAAGUUUUGAGGACGUCUGUUUGGAAUCGGCGCUUGAAGAUGUUUCGUUUGUUUUCCGUUGCGCUUCUGGAAAUAGUAUGGAUUAACUUAUGAUACGCUAUCCCCUGAA